AUGAGUGAAUUGGAUGAAAGGACGUGCUACGUAAGCAAUUUGCACGAUUCGGUCACACAACCGAUUCUUGAAGAGCUUUUUACUCAGGUUGGACCGGUUGAAACAGUGCUAUUAAGGACGAAGCCUGGUCUCAAUGGAAAAGCGAUUCAUCAUUUUGCAAUCGUUGUUUUUGAGGAUUCAGAAUCAGUACUUUUCGCUACGAAAUGUCUAGAUAAAAUUGAAUUAUAUGGGACACAAAUUUCAGUUCGUCCAAAAAGAGGAUCACUGCAGGAAAAGAUUUAUUUUAAACAGAAACAAAAUAAUUUCGAGUUCGCGGCAUGCAGCAUAAAUGUCAGGGAUCGUUUCAGUUCAAAAAAGAAUGAAAGAUGGAACAAUAAAUACUUCUAUAACCAGCGCCAAUUCGAUUCUAUUGAACGACGUCAGACUCGAUUUCCUGAGCGAACUAUUCAGCAGAGUUAUUUGGAACAUCAUCUUCAUCCUUCUAUGAGAAACAGUUCGAAAUUUCCGCCGCAACAUCCAUCAACUUCUCGUGCUUAUGCCGAAAAACCUUUUCAUUCAGUUGAAUUUUUUCAUUCUAAUUCUCAGGCUAAUAUAUCUUCAAAACCACUGCAUCCGUUCACGUUUUUUCCAUCAUCCACCAAACCCUACCAUGUGCCCGAAAUGAAUGUAAUGCCGCUUUUUUAUCCUCCAAUAGAAGCAGAUUUUCUUGCUACUCCAGCAGAUUAUACUAAAAGGUAA